AUGUUCUCUAUCCGCAUCUUCACUGCUGCCGCUACCCUGCUCGCUGCUGUUGCGAGCGUCAGCGCUGAAUCGCACACCAUCACCUUCACCAACAAGUGCGGGUACGGAACUCCCACUCUCAUCAGCCAGACCGGCACUGUGCUCUCUACCGGUGGUGCCUACACCGUCGGCGGACAGCUCAAUGGUGCGAUUGCCUACCUCCAGACAGGCUCAUGUGGCUUCAACGGCGACGGCUGCACGAUGAUCGAGACGACGCUCAAGAACCCUACGACGGCCGGCUCGGGCUCGAGCACCGACAUCACUCUCAUUGCUCCCCAUGCCUUCAGCGUGACCACUGGUUUCGGAUACUACAAUGGGUGUGACGGUGCCGGCGCGGACUGCACCAACGCCAACUGCGCGACGGCGUUCCACGUUUCGACGGACACUCAGGUCCAGGUUGCAUGCCAGACUGACAACGUCAACCUUGCCAUCACCUUCUGCGACUAA